GAUACGUUUGGUCGGUUUGAGGAGUUCCAAUGUUUUAAGAACGUGACUCGUAUCAUGAUAAUCUCUCGCAGGUGCAUUCUGGAAGCAAGUCGUCCAUGGAAUUCCUUCCAGCCAUUAUUGCUAUUGUUUUGAGAUAAAGAAGAAACCGCUGUCCUCGUCCAAGUUUGAGGUACUCUUCCACGAUGAACCCGAUGCCAACGGUCCGAGCAACGAUACGGAUAAUUCUUACUAUGGAGCUAACAUGCCGGCAUGCUUAAAGCAGGCAAAUCAAUACCUGCUAGAUUUGAUUUCAACCUGGUCUGCUACGCACUUCAUGCUCUACCUCCAACCAUGAACAGACUCAGAAAGUCCAAGCCAGCCGCCACAACCUCCGGCCCAUCAUCAAGUUCCAAAACAAACGUUAACCACUGUCUAGUUUCUGUCGCAAGCAAACUUCCAGUGUCGAGAACGAUGCAGAUCGCGAGUGCUUCACUUGCUGUAGAAAGAACUUCUGCGCACAACAACACGCUGGAAUAUGCUAAGACAACAUGGUACUCUACACCUGCUGCUGCCAAUCCUCGCACUUUCGUCGAGCAGUACUGGGCUGCGCGUGCACUGGUCGCUGAAACGGUGCUGACAACACGUGUUCAGCAUCAGAAGGAAAUGGCGGAAGUGAGGCUGGGGGAGGAAGAGAAGCGUACGACCCAGAUUGCGGCUCUCGUGCGGGCGAACGAGCAACGGCAAAGCAGGCUCGAGAAGUUCGUCGCAGUCCUUGUAGCAUGUUUUAUGCUUCUCUUCCUUGCACUGACAUAUAUACUGCUGCGUGAUUCCCCGAAAUCGAAGGGUGCCUCGCACUUCACGAUCCCGAUCCUCUCCCCGUUUACCUCUGUGGUCGAACACGAAACAGGUAUUAUCAGUGCGAGAUCCGUAUCAUUAUUUAUCGUUGUCCUUGGCAUCUUAUCGUAUGGCAUCUUCCGACAUUGGUUUUCAAAAAAAAACAAAUCUUUGUCCGUCGUACAAAAUAUGGGUUGUAAUCCAAUACGUGGCUGACAUUAAUGGGGUAGUCAUGAGGACGAACGGCGGCUUCCCAGGGUUUCGAAAAGCAGUACUAGGCUAUCCUAGGAGAUCCUUUGUCGGAUGGUUCGGACGCGCCUUCCUCGUGCUGUGCCAACAAGCAUAUCUUGCGUCCCAAUUCCAGGCCAGCUUUGGUGACUUUAAUGUAUCAUUUUGUAUAAGAGAGCAUGAAUAAGUACUGUAGCUCAAGUACUUGAAUUAAAUUGGAGGAGGAUGACUGAAAAUUAAAACAAACCGAGCGAGUUGGUUUGGAUCGUGGGUGUGGUUGUGGUGUGGG